AUGCUUGUGGCAAACCUGAAGGCUGAGUGGGGUUUGUACAAUGGAGCAGUUGGCACAGUUGUGAAUGUUAUUUAUCUUAAUGGUAGACGGCCAACUGAUGAUCCCCAACCACAACCAGAUGUUGUGUUAGUGCGUUUUAAUGGAUACAGAGGACCAGCCUUUAAUGACGAUCAUCCAACCAUUGUACCAAUUGUACCAAUUAGUAGAUCAAUUGAAUGUGCAUGUAGAUGCAAGCGUAUUCAGAUUCCACUAAGACUUGCUUGGGGAACGACAAUCCACAAAUGCCAAGGAAUGACAGUUGGUGAAGGAGAAGCAUUUAGAUAUGUUGUUAUACAUCCUGGUAACCAUGCGUUUGAAGCGAAGAAUCCUGGAGCACUGUUUGUUGCAUUGUCUAGAGCAAAGUCAGCUGGUGGACCGGACAGGGAUCCCGACUUCGCUUUUCAUCAAGACGUUUUGAUAAACGAAGACAGGUUUCGUGAAGUGAACACGCCAACAACACGUUCUCGAGCAGCAGAGAUAGAAAGGCUGCGUAGGUUGUCAGUAGAAUGCCGAGGCAGAGAAAGUUUAGCAAGAGCAUAUGAAGAAUUGACCUUUGAAAGGCUUCUCAAUUGGGCUCAGUCCAGAGCAGUUAGCUAAACAAACUCACUGAUAAUGGAUAUGAUGCAUCAAACAAUGUGAUCUACUGUACAUGUAAUAGAACAGCUGAUUAGCCUUUGUGGAUCUACAUGUUGCACACAUUGCCCCACAAAAUAAUGCAUCAGAAUGAUCAUUCAAAUAUAGAUGUAUGCUGUUAAAGUGCACCUAACCCCCUAUUUAGAGUAAUUUUCAUAUAAAAUAUUCUAGACAUAACUUUAAGCACUUCUGCAAAAUUGAGGCUUUUAUUGGCUACUUUGG